AUGGCUUCUGGUAUUCAACAGUGGCGACGAUUUACGUUUUUUGAUAAAGAAAUAGUCAAAGGAAGGGAUGGCAAACCGUUAGAAGAUUUAAAAAGAGCAAAAGUGAUUGCAUCAACGAGUACGAAUGGUGCAGGUGACGGUCAAUUGAUAUUCGGCUGUGACGAUGGAUCAUUAUGCGUAUUAAAUCGUGAUUACGAAGCGAAUCAUAUUCAUUCAUUUGAUAUGUCAUUAGACUUAUUAGCACAUUCCGCUGGAGACACAUUGAUCGUUAUUGGUGUAGAUGUUAAUGAAACGAAACAAACGAUCAAACUUUGGAAAACAGAUAAAACUCUUGUGGAAAAGGAAAAUACCGAACCCGCAAAAGUGAUAUCUAUCUUGCCGAAUGAACAUCCCAAUUCGAAAAUAUGUGCGGUAGCUAUCACCGAUCGUCACAUAGCUCUGGGUUGUCAAAGCGGAGCAAUCCACUUUUUUGCAUCCAGUGAUUUAAUCAAAGAAAAACGUUACAAGUUUUCUCCACCAUUCUACCAAGCUGAAAGUCCUAUAACCAACUUAGCAUUUAGCGAAGGAACAAAACCAUUCGGUAGCUUGACUCUCUACGCAACGACCGAAUCAACUGUCAUUUCCUGUCGUUUGGUCCAAACACCACAUACUAAUGUUGGAAUAUCAGCUGCGGUUGCUGUUGCCACUUCUGUGUCAUCUAGUCUAACAUCGACCUUACGUGAUCGUCGUCCAUUUCAUAUAACAUCCCAUCAACAGCCAUCAGCACAGUUUACUGUGACAAAUCUCGAGACACAAAUGGGUUGUACUCCAGGCUGUGCUAUUUUAACUCAAUCCGAAUUGGAUGGUGAACAGCAAUUUGUCAUUGCAAAUUCAUCAGGAGUUUUCUCAUAUGUUGGCGAGGAUAAACGUCUUGGCCUAGCAAUUGAAGGUGAAAAAUCUACAGUACAUUGGUGGUUCAAUUAUCUAAUAACUGUCACAAAGGAAAAUCCGAAAUCAUCAUCGACCAGUAAAACAAAGCUACAAUCGAAUAUUCUUUCACAAUUAGUAGCAAAUCAAACAACAACCGAAUUACAAACUUUGGCUGUUUAUGAUACAAAUCCGCAAUUGACUGCGUACUCAGUCGGCAUGUCAAGUAUUCAAUGUGUAUUGAACGAAUGGGGUUUUAUUCAUAUAUUAACUGGUGAUGGCGAAUUGCAUCGAUUAAUCGAAAAAGAUCUACAUUCAAGAUUACGUUUACUCUUUAGAAAGAAUUGUUACCAAUUAGCACUUCAGUUAGCUAAAAAGAAUCGAACUAGUAAGGAAGGUAUGGCAGAGAUUUUCAAACAAUUCGGUGAUUAUCUAUAUGGGAAGAACGAGUAUGAAACAGCCACCGAUCAAUAUUGUAAAACUAUUGGAUUUCUUGAACCGUCUUACGUCAUCAAAAAGUUUUUGGAUUCUCAACAUAUCGAUCAUUUAACUCGAUAUUUAGAAGAAUUACAUCGUGAAAAACUAGCUAAUGUUGAUCAUACCACUCUACUGCUGAAUUGUUACACGAAACAUCCUGAUCGGAUCAAUCGUCUCGCUCAGUUUAUUGGCUUAAAUGAAACGACACCGUCGACAGCUGAUGUAGAUUUAACAUUUGACGUCGACAUCGCUAUAGACGUUUGUCGCCAAGCUAAUUAUUUGGAUGAAGCGUUGGCACUUUCGGCAAAAUAUCGUCGGCACGAUAAGUACAUUAAAAUUCAAUGCGAAAAUAAGAAAGAUUAUGAUAAAGCAUUGAAAUAUAUUCAAACAUUGAAAUUCGACGAUGCACUACAAGCAUUUCGAAACUAUGGUAAGACGUUAAUUCGUGAACAACCAAAAUUAACAACGGAAUUAUUGAAACGAUUGAAUCCUACGCCACAACAAAUCGAACAAGAACAACUACCCGAAUCGUUAAUCAAUCUCUUUAUGAAUAACCCUGAUGAAUUACUUGAUUACUUGGAAUAUGCUGUCAAACAAUAUCCCAAUGAACAUCUUGGAUCAAGUGUAUAUGACACAAUGUUAGAAUUACUCUUACAAAAACAUAGCACGACUAAAGAUGCCAAAGAGCGGGAUCGAUUGAGUGAACAGAUUUUAACUUUAUUGAAAAAUUCCAAAAUUGAUAUUGACGUAACACGUGCGAUGGUUGUUUGUCAAAAGUAUAAUUUCAAAGCCGGAGUGAUUUGUCUCUAUGAUAAAGCUAAAUUAUACCAACAGAUUUUGCAAUAUCAAAUGGAAAAUAAAGAUGACGAUGAGAUUGUUGCUACAUGUCGCAAAUAUGGUGAUGAAGAUCCUCAAUUAUGGAUCCAAGCUUUGAGUUACUUCUCGAAAUUGAAAGGCAGUGAUGGAUGUCGAAAAGAGAUUCAGCAAAUUUUAAAAUAUAUUGACGAAAACGAUCUUCUAUCACCAUUGUUGGUUAUUCAAACAUUAAGUAACAACGAAUCAACGACGUUAGAUUUGCUUAAGGAUUAUUUGAUUCGCAAACUUCGCUCAGAACAAGAACAAAUUGAAAAAGAUCAAACAGAAAUUCGACGUUUCCGUCAAGAAAGUGAAUACUAUGUACAAAAAGUAAAACAAUUAGAAACCGAUCCGAUUACUUUUCAAGAUCCAAAAUGCAGCUCCUGCAAAAUGGAUUUGGACAUUCCGUGUGUUCAUUUCUUCUGUGAACAUUCUUUUCACGAACAUUGUGCUUAUGCCGUGGAAUCAGCUAAUUCAGCCGAAAUAACUUAUGAAUGUCCGUUAUGUUCCGGUGAUAAUCGUAAGUGGCUUGGCCUAAUCAACAGUCAGCGAGCAGACAAAGACGUUUGCGAGACAUUUCAUCAAGAACUCGAGACUCGUCAAGAUAAAUUCGGUGUGAUUGCUGAAUUUCUUGGUCACCGACUUUUUGACAAACAAUAA